AUGACAGUGCCUUUUGAGGAGUAUAACAAGAAGAGUCCUCUAUUCUGCAACUUCCGUGUGGAGUGUAACUGUGAGGUGAAGGAAACAAAACAACUAUUUAUUGAGGAAGAUCAGUUCUCUAUGGACAAACCCGAUCUGGAUGUUACAGGACCAGAGACAUGUAGACGUGGUGAUACCAUCACUACAGAGGCAAGCUUUACCAAUCCAUUACCUAUCGCCUUGAAUGGGUGUACUCUGGAUGUAAAGGGAUCCAAGAUCCGCAAUCAACCUACUGUUUUUAUCCCAAGAGUUGAAGGACAUGGCAAAUUUACAAAACAAUUCGACAUUACUCCUGAGCGAGCUGGGGAACGCACCAUCAACGUUGUCUUCAACUCACCAGAAUUGGAAAAUAUCAGUGGUUCUCUGGAGAUUCAAGUCACUUAAUUACUAAUAUGGUCCCUGAGCUCCACCCAUUGAAGUUACAUGUUAUGACAAGUAGUUUAAUAUUUGCUGAGAUUUCAAGGCUUUGUUACACACAUAAACUGUCAUAGCUUUAACUUUCCUCAUUCUAGU